GCGGCGCGGGCGGCCCCGUGCGGCCCCUCAGAGCCGGGGCGGCGGCCAAGAUGGCGGCGGCGGACGGAGAUGACUCGCUCUACCCCAUCGCCGUCCUCAUCGACGAGCUCCGCAACGAGGACGUGCAGCUGCGGCUCAACAGCAUCAAGAAGCUCUCGACCAUCGCGCUGGCGCUGGGGGUGGAGAGGACCCGCAGUGAGCUCCUGCCCUUCCUCACCGACACAAUCUAUGAUGAGGACGAGGUGCUCUUGGCGCUCGCGGAGCAGCUCGGGACCUUCACUGCCCUCGUGGGGGGACCCGAGUUCGUGCACUGCUUGCUGCCCCCCCUGGAGAGCCUGGCCACGGUGGAGGAGACCGUGGUGCGGGAUAAGGCGGUGGAGUCCCUGCGGGCCGUGUCCCACGAGCACUCGCCCCCCGACCUCGAGGGGCACUUUGUGCCGCUGGUGAAGCGCCUGGCGGGGGGCGACUGGUUCACGUCGCGCACCUCGGCCUGCGGCCUCUUCAGCGUCUGCUACCCCCGCGUGUCCAGCCCCGUCAAGGCUGAGCUGCGCCAGUACUUCCGGAACCUGUGCUCGGACGACACGCCCAUGGUGCGCCGCGCCGCCGCCUCCAAGCUGGGCGAGUUCGCCAAGGUGCUGGAGCUGGAGCACGUCAAGAGCGAGAUCAUCCCCAUGUUCUCCAACCUGGCCUCCGACGAGCAGGUGGGCACAC